AUGAAGCUUCUAGUUGUGUUAAUGCUCAAUGUUGUAGUCUAUAUCUCAGCCCAGUGUCUUACUGGUGAGAUUAGAGCAGAUCCAACCGACUGCACUGGAUAUUUACACUGUGCAUUCCCUGGUUUGUUAAUACCCAGAAGAUGUCCAACAGGGACGGGCUUUAAUGGAUUUCGAUGCGAUCAUCUUCAACAUAUACCAGGUUGUGUCCAAGGGCCUGAUGCGUGUACUGGUAACGGUUAUGAUAUAUUUCUCGAUCCGACGGACUGUACACGGUAUCUACAGUGUAUUCGUGGUCGAUUCACAUCAAAACCUUGUCCAGCUAAUACUGGUUUCGACGUGAGAUUCUCUAGAUGUAAUCAUUUGAGUGAUAUUCCCAACUGUCCUUAG